AUGGGACGUGUGGCCAGGCACAGAGGGAUGGGGCUGGAGCCUGGGUGCUCUUGCAGAGCUUCCUCUCGCUGCCUCUUACUCACAGCCCAGCACCAACAGAAAAAACAACCAAAACUGCCUGGGGGAAUUCCUCCUUUUCAGUUCUGUAAGAAACAGCCCCUGAAAUUGUUGGAUUUCAACCGAAAUGGAAACGGUGCAGUUUCUGUUGCUAAAAAUGCUUCCCAGAAUCACAGAAUCCUUGGGGCUGGAAGGGACCUCUGGAGACCACCUGGUCCAGCCCCCCCGCGCCCAAGGUCACCUGGAGCAGGUGACACAGGAACGCCCAGUUCUCUCGCUGGCCCUCUGCAGGCACAGGUGCGCAGGAGGUGCUGCAACAGCACUGGUGCUUGGCAUGGAGGAGGAGGAUGCAGCCUUAUCCCAGGAUUCCUCAACAUCCUGGAGAAAACAGCUCAGAGACCUCGCAGCCUCCUGCACACCCAGAGACCUGGCAGAAGGUUUUUCCUUAGGGAAGCAGCCGAGGAGGAGCCCCAGAACUGGGUGACUGGAUUUCUGCAACUUUGGAAAACACCGCCGGGAAACGGGAAAUCUGUCUCAGUCCUCCUCCUCCAUCCAAUACCUGCACCAACAUGGAAGCUGGUUCACCACGCUCCCAGUGCAAGGAAACGCCUCAGGAAGCCCCUGUGGAAGUUCCUCCUGGAUUUUUUGGGCCAGUUGCCUUCGGUCUCAGCAGAACAAGCAGCUGUGGAAGUGCCUGGAGCGCAAGAACAGCCGUGGGGAGAUUCUGUGGCCACAGAGAGGGGCCCUGCUUGGCCAUCGGGGCCUGGGGAGGCACAGGGAGCCUUGGGAUUCAUUUCUUUGCAAGUUUCUCUCAGAAGAAAAAGAAAAACUCACGAGAGCCACGUGGAUGUAUGUAAGGAAACCAGCAAGGACAGAGUGGGAUUUUCAGGGAGUCAGAGGGACUGUGCUCUCGGCCAUCGAAGCUAA